AUCAUUGGCAUCCACAUGAAUUACCACAACUCCCGCAAGCCCUGGUUAAUCAAUGCGCUUAUUCAUGCGAAGGCAAAGGAGCUGAACGCCAACAAACCUGCAGGGUCAUGUUACACAUUGGCUGAGCUCCGUGAGAUUGUCACACAUGACCCUCAAAUGAAAGAAUUGAUGGAAGAAGAAAAGGCAGCUUACAUAGAGGCCCUCAAUGAACAUUGCGCCAAGAAGGCACUUGGUGUUUGUGCAAAUAAUUCUGCGGCUGCACGAGAUGUGCUAGCCACAACAGAAAGAAUCGUGAAAGAGCUGGACAACCUACGUGUUCAGACCGGCAUCUAUGCGACAUUAUUUGUCGUCCGUGGUCACAUCAACAACACAAUUCAAAGCACCAUGCAUGGCACCAACAAUACAGAAGACUUUUGGGAAGAUGUUUACGAGCAUCUGAUGGCAGAUUUUCUGUGUCAAUAUGAACAAGGGGCGUGCACACAGAAUCAGAGUAAGUCUAUACAUUAUAUAUACUUGCUUAGCUGUCAUUGA